CCAAUGUGCCGUGUAGUGCUGCUGGAAGGGUGUGUCGGCGGCCACCAUCACAUUUACCCCCAAUGAAAACACAUCACCUCGAGCUAGAAGGCUAGUUACACCUCUCCGUCCGAAAAAAAAAGAAAGAAAAUAAAAUCAGCUGACAGCGCAACACCCCACAGCAGGUUAUUUCGACCUGUGCGCGAACUGGGAUGUCGGCAGCCGACUGGUACGCUCACAAGUCGCUCGGAGACGGACUCUUCUGGAUCCAGGAGCGGUUCUACCAGUCAGAUAACAGGGCCAACAUCUGGCUCCUCCGCGGCUCACACCAAGACGUAGUCAUAGACACCGGGCUGGGCUUGAGGAGCUUACCUGACUACAUCGACGCCAAGGGGCUGCUUGGUAAAGACCCGCAGAGGAAGAACCCGCUGCUGGCCAUCGCCACCCACGCCCACUUCGACCACUCGGGCGGUCUGCAUCAGUUCCAACAGGUGGGCGUCCACAGCGCCGAGGUCGAUGCCUUGGCGAACGGGGACAACUUCGAGACGGUUACCUGGCUCAGCGACAGGGAGAUAAUCGAGGCUCCCAGUCCAGGAUGGAGGGCAAGGCAAUACAAAGUGAAAGCGGUGCAGCCGACACACAUCCUGCAGGAGGGAGAUGUCAUCAACCUAGGCGACAAACAGCUGACGGUGCUCCACAUGCCAGGCCACUCUCGGGGCAGCAUAUGCCUCCAUGACCGCGACAACAAGCUCCUCUUCAGUGGGGAUGUAGUGUAUGAUGGUGCCAUGAUUGACUGGCUGCCCUACAGCCGGGUCAGUGACUACAUCAGCAGCUGUGAGCGGCUGGUGGGGCUGGUGGACAGCGAACAGGUUGACCAAGUUCUUCCAGGACAUUACAACACCUUUGGUGCAAAGAGGCUCAACCGAAUCGCGUCGACGUAUAUCAGCAGGGCUGGAACUUGCCCUGCAAAGGUCUCCACGUUUGCCUGGAGUACUCUGGCCGGGGUGGCUCUGCGGGCGUGUAACCCCAGGAGUGCCUGCUAAUGCGAGGGGAUCGUGGCGUUUGAGGAAGCACAAGUGCACAAAGUUAAUGUUUAAAAUAUGGGGGACAUGAAAGAGGGCGAGGAAGGGAGACAUGUAUCCGUAACUCGAUGUAACAUUCUUCAUUCACUUAUGUAAUCCAACAGAAAUGAUGUAAUUGCCAAACUGUCUAAAAUGCCACUACUGGGUUACACAAGUCAAUAUCAGCAUUAUAUGAAGCUUAUUAUAUAAACUAUUUAUUAGUGUGUUUCUGUUCUAUAAUUCUGAAUAUGUGAUGAGUUAAAUAUGAUUAUAUGUAUGUUUUUAUAUAUGUAAUGAAUUUAUAAUAGCACAACAGAUAUUCUGCACUGCAAACAGAAAGCAGGGAAGUAAAGGUUCUCCUCUGAGGCAUUUCAAACACAGUCCAGAUGGCCAUAGUAUCUCUCUCUAUGCAUUUUACAAUGAUCAGUGAAGACUCAGUGUUGACUACCUCCUGUGUUUGUAACAGUGCUUUGGACUAUUGACAAAUUGAAGGCUCUGCCAUGGAAAUGUUGACAAUAAAGCCUCUGUUUUACCUGCCUUUCUGUACGCUUCACUGCAGCUUCUGUGUGAAGCUAACGUGUCUCUUCAGUUGUUCAUGAGGUAGGAUCUUGUGUGGGAUUUAUUGCUGCAGGGUAAGAGUGAAUAGAAUUGGAUAGAAUAUGAUCCAUCGUAUAUGCUCAAAGUGCAGGAUACUUUACUGAUCUUAAACACAGUUCUCCCACUGCAGGAGAAUACGCUAUUGAUGGAAAAGUAUGAGCCAAUGAGCUAUUGUAGCAAACAGAGUCUAAAUAUAGGUCAGGGUUUGACCUUCCAAUAUGAUAUGCUCAAAUGUUUUUAUAAGUAAGGAAUUUCUGAAUUUAUCACUAAAUAUGUCAAAUGUACUAUCAGAAUGAAUGGUUUCAAGUCCAACAGUUUGUUUUUCAUAAAGAGGAAAUCAUGUAA